UAACUUUCUUUACUUCAAUUUUGGUUAAAAAAUGAUUACAACCAAGUUCAUUUUUCAACUUCCAUUGGCUUUCCCUCUACUUUUUCUUUUACAACUAACCAAAAUUUGCUUUUGGUGAAAUUGGUUAAGAGGGAGUUUUUAUUUUUUGAGUUCAUACUAGAUCUAGGUUCACUGGCCUUGUGGGGUUUUUGUGUUUGAAGUUUUCAUAUGCAUAUUGCAAAUGAAUUCUUGAAAUUGGUUGUUAUUUGUACAUUUUGGCUUGUGGGGUUGUAAAGUUGGAAUCUUUUUGAGGUUUUUGUUGUGAUGGGGAUUUGUCUGAGCAAUGAAAUCAAGGCUGAAACUACAAUUUUUACUGGUACAGGGGUUGGUUCUAGAAAUGUCAGUGGAAAUGGUACUGAGACUAGUAAUUCGAAUAGCAAAGUGUCAUCAGGCUCUGUACCCCCAACUCCCCGGAGUGAGGGCGAGAUCUUGCAGUCGUCCAACUUGAGGAGUUUUACUUUCAAUGAACUCCGAGCAUCCACUAGAAACUUCCGUCCUGACAGUGUACUAGGAGAAGGAGGUUUCGGUUCGGUUUUCAAGGGGUGGGUUGAUGAACAAACACUUUUAGCAUCAAAGCCUGGCGCUGGCAUUGUGAUAGCUGUGAAGAAGUUAAACCAAGAAGGUUUGCAAGGGCACCGUGAAUGGCUGGCUGAGAUAAAUUAUCUUGGUCAACUACGUCAUCCGAAUCUUGUAAGAUUGCUUGGUUAUUGCUUAGAGGAUGAUCACAGGCUUCUAGUCUACGAGUUCAUGCCUAAGGGUAGCAUGGAGAAUCAUUUAUUCAGGAGAGGUUCAUACUUUGAACCUCUUUCUUGGAGUCUCCGUAUGAAAGUUGCCCUUGGUGCUGCAAGGGGCCUUGCAUUUCUUCACAAUGCUGAAACAAGUGUUAUAUACAGAGACUUCAAGACUGCUAAUAUCUUGCUUGAUUCAAAUUACAACGCCAAGCUUUCUGAUUUUGGUUUGGCCAGGGAUGGCCCAACCGGUGACAAAAGCCACGUCUCUACAAGGGUUAUGGGAACAUACGGAUAUGCUGCUCCAGAGUAUCUAUCCACAGGUCAUCUUACUGCCAAGAGUGAUGUAUACAGCUUCGGAGUUGUUCUCUUGGAAAUUCUAUCAGGUAAGAAAGCAAUAGACAAGAAUCGACCAACAGGGGAACACAAUCUUGUCGAGUGCUCAAGACCUUACUUGACAAGCAAACGUAGAGUUUUCCGUGUUCUAGAUUCUCGACUUGAAGGACAAUACUCACUCACUCGUGCCCUUAAGGUAGCCACCGUUGCACUUCAAUGCCUAGCCAUGGACCCCAAGUCAAGACCAACUAUGGAUGAGGUAGUAACAACUCUAGAGCAGCUACAAGAGUCCAAGGAUCGCGUGAAAAAUGAUAAAAACAAGGAUCAACAGUUGAAUCGACUUAGCAGUCAAUCAAGUGGCGAGCUCAACAAGUCAUUCAGAAGCAAUUCAGAAGAGACUCCGCGUGUUGCCAAUUAUCCCAGACCUUCAGUUUCCCUGCGCUCUAUCUAAAAAGACGGGAAUUCACAUUCUUGACGUGCCAGUUGUUAACAUCCAAUUUUAAGGAACUUCUGGCCUGCAAGUACUACUACAACAACACGAAUAACAUAUUCAGUGUAGUCCCACAAAAUGUGAUAUGUAAGUGUACCAAUAUAAUCAACAUGUAUAGCUUUUUUUUUUAUGUUUACUUUGUCUAAUAACUGUUGAAAUGAGGAUUGAUGAGAUGAUGUAUAAUGGAUUGCAAGUAAAAAUUUUGUUGCCUGUAAA